UCUUGUUUCAUUUUUCAGGUUCAACUGCGAAUGGAUCCCGUAUAAUGACGUGGUGGAACAGCCAGAGGUCGACCUAUGGCAAACUUACCCGAAGUGUGUCUGGCCAGGGCGCCAAACGGCUGACACCUCGUGAAGAGCGUUUGAAGGAACGCCUGACAUUUUUCAGCGGUCAUGUGUACAGAGUGCCCAAACGAGCCGGGGUUAAUCUCAUGCAACGACUUCGUGAAAAGCAUCCCGAUAGAUUCAACGAACCCGCAUCUCCGGAUAUGCCGCAACGGGAUUCAGACACCGAUUCCGAGCAUGAGCAGACCACUCCUACAGUCACGCAGAAGGAAGAAAACGUCCGUAACUGCAACAGACAGCCGUCAGCUCCACCUCUAGGAAGCACCUUCUUCUGGAGAAAAUCGAGAAGAGAAUGGCCGCCAACCAGCAGCAAAUAA